AUAUAGAUAUUUAUAAUAAUAAAAUGUAUACAAUUCAGAAUUAUUUGUUAAUAUAAAAUGGAAAGAAAAAAUCUAACUUUAUUUGAAUGUGAUCCAAACUUUUGUGCAGUUUGUGGUGCAAUAUUGUCUUUACCAGAUCAAUCAAAAAAAAUUACAUGCAAAGCUUGUGGUACCAUUCUUGAUAUAUCAGUAUUAGAAGAUAUUGAAAUACACUCAUAUAAAGACUUUAAUCAAGACAAGUUAAAGAGUUUUGAAGAAAUAUCUAGGUUGAAGAAUCUUUCUGAAAAGUGCGGGCCAUACGUGAAAAGAAGAUGUCCACAAUGCAAUUAUAGAAAAAUGACAUAUACAACAAGACAAACAAGAUCUGUGGAUGAAGGGCAAACUGUGUUUUACACUUGUUUAAAAUGUCAGUUUACGGAAACAGAAUAUUCCUAGAUAAAAGUGGAUAAUUAAAUGAUAAUUUUAUAAAAGCAAAUUUAUCUUUUUA